AUGCGGAAGCCGCAGCUGGAGCGUGUGGUGUCAUCUAUUAACGUUCCAGCGAUUGCGGCAGCCCAUGUUAUUAAGAGCCACGUCGCCCAGGGGCCAGAUGAGCUCUCUCUGGAGGAGCUGAGCCCCUGGUGGAGAGGCAAGCGUGGCUUUGAGGUUGGGCUUUUCCCUGGUGAGUGCGUGGAACUCAUCAGUGGAAAAGUUCCCGAGUCCCUCCUCAAUUCAUUGCCAAAGCCAGUGCCAAGGAGACGGGGCAAGCUCAUCCCCUUCCUUCGCUCCUUGGUGACGGCCCGCUCCAGGAGAGCAACGGAGCCGGAGCCGAAGAAGGAAGGGGUGUUUGGGUGUGACCUGGGGGAGCACCUUCUGCGCUCUGGCCGUGAUGUCCCCCAGGUCCUGCAGAGCUGCGCAGAGUUUAUUGAAGAGCAUGGCGUAGUCCGGGGGAUAUACCGCCUGUCCGGCGUCAUGUCCAAGAUCCAGCGACUACGCCAUGAAUUCGAUACGGAGCAGGUUCCCGAGCUCAGCGUCCAAGACAUUCACAGCGUGAGCUCCCUGUGCAAGAUGUAUUUCAGGGAGCUCCCAAACCCGCUGCUGACCGAGGAGCUGUAUGACAAGUUCUUGGUAAGCUCAAUGUCUUGA